AUGCGUCAACGUCGUUUUGCACAAGCUCCGACCAGCGACAACGAUCAGCCGUCGCCGACCGGAACCAGGUCUGCCGGAUCUCCAAACCCGAACCGACGGAAGCGCAGGCUCGUGCGCUUGCCAGAAGAGGAGGAGGAUGAUGGUGAUGAGGAGGAACAGGGGGACGGAGCUAAGUUGACCGAGCAGAAGAAGAGGAGGAGGAAGAACGAAGAGGCGGAGACGAUGCCGCCGGCGGAGAACGUGGAGCCGCAGCCGAUGGGCGCGGUGGUUAGGGUUUCGGGGAAAGGAAAGGGGAGGAGGACGCAUUACGAGUCGUUCGAGUACAACGGUCACCUGUACAGCCUCGAGGAUCCGGCUCUUUUUCAUCCCGAGAACAAGAACCAAAAGCCUUAUGUGGCCAUAAUUAAGGACAUUGCUCAAACGUGGCAAGGGGGCCUUAUGAUAACCGGACAGUGGUUUUACCGUCCAGAAGAGGCCAAGAAAAAGGGAGGCGGGUGCUGGGACCCACGCGACACGAGGGAGCUGUUUUACAGCUUCCACAGGGAUGAGGUGCCAGCGGAGUCCAUAUUCCACAAGUGUGUGGUCCACUUCAUACCCCUCAACAAGCGGGUCCCGCACCGCCAGCAGCACCCGGGCUUCAUCGUGCAGCAGGUGUACGACACUGAACAGAGGAUGCUCUUCAAGCUGACGGACAAAGACUAUGAGGAGGACAAGCAGCACGAAAUCGACCUUCUCGUCAAGAAGACCCUUGCUCGGCUCGGAACCCUUAAGGAUCGAGCUCCCGAGCCUGAGGGUGCAGACCCUGAAGACCGGCUAAAGAAUAGGAGACUUGUUUCUUGUCUAGGGAAAAGGAAUGUGGUGAGCCCUCGGGAAGGUUCAAGGGAGAAUUUCGAAGGACUUAACAGAUCUCAAUCGCUUAAGAUGGAAACUACGGAGUAUUAUGGUAUUCUUUCGGAUUUUAAGCUGCUGACUGGGGAGGCACAGCGUGACAGAUGGCUAGAGAAGCUUCUCCAAUCUGUUCGGUUCUUGUACGCAAAUUCUGGUUCAAGCGGCAAAAAGUGUGGCGGUUCGGAUAAUGAAUCUCAUGGUAAGAAUUCGGAGGAUGGUGGAUCAUUUGAUUGGCCUGGUGGAGCUAUUUCUCCCAUAGUUGCUCUUGAGAAAGCUGCUAGCGAUGCACUUUCUGCUGAUUUUCAGAAGUAUAACCAAAAGAUGCGGCAGUUAACAUUCAAUCUUAAGGGCAAUGCCGCAUUGACACGACGUCUUCUGAAUAAGGACCUUGUACCUGAUCAGAUACUGAAUAUGUCGCCAAAUGAGCUAAAGGAAGGCUUGACUGCAGAAGAAAUAGCAAGCCGGGAGCCAGAGGAGUCGGGCCGCUUGCAGAUGACUGAUGCCCGUUGUACAAGAUGCACAGAGAAACAAGUGGGUUUGAUAGAUAUUAUUCAGACUGGACUUGGAGACCGCUAUCAGUUGGAGUGCGUGGCCUGUGGCAACACGUGGUACGCUUCAAGAGACGACGCGGCCACAUUAACCAUAGAGAGACCUGGCUCGUUUAGAACUGUUGGCACUGCACCAUUAGCUACUGCCAAGUUUGAGGUUGUGGAGAAGGGCUUGGUGAGCCCAAGUCGGGAUGAGAGAAAGACAACAGAUGCAUCAUUACUCAGACAAAAAUCGUUUAGAAAAGUUCAAAGCGAUGAAAAACCUGCAGACACAAAGACGACAACAGAUGCAUCAUUACUCAGACAAAAAUCGUUUAGAAAAGUUCAAACCGAUGAGAAACCUGCGGACACAAAGGCAACAAAUUCAUCAUUACUCAGAGAAAAAUCGUUUAGAAAAGCUCAAACCAAUGAAAAACCUGCAGAUACAAUCUGA